CUCUCCUCUUUCCACACACUAUUUCUUGAAAUUUCAAUCUUUUUGGUUGAAAAGGGUAAAAUUUAUUUUUAACGUCUCUUUUUAAUUUUUUUGUAAAUAUAUUAAACACAUAUCACAAGAAAUGAAUGAAGCAGCUUUAGAAAGUAAAGAAGAGCUUGAAAAUUUUAAAAAAGAUGCAGCGGAACCAGGUUUAGACCCUUUAAAAUUAAAUAUUCAAAAAAAUUUUUUUAAAGAAACUUCAAAAUCUUCAAAAAAUGCAAUUGAUAGUUUAGAGGAAGAAGAAAUAAAUAAUCAUCAAAAUUAUGAGGAGGACGACGAUGAUGAUUUUGGGGAUUUUGAAGAGGCCCCACAAACUGCUUUUAAUAGAGUAAAUAUACCAGAAAAAGAGGAUGAAUUAGACUGUCAAAAUGCUUUUAAAGAUGAAAAUUGCUCAACGUCCCAACAACAAGCACCAACAACAACAUCCACUACAAAACCAACUUAUUUAACAAUUAAAGAUAUAAUAGAACAACCAGAAUUGAUAGAAACACUGAAGAUUAUUCCUCAAACCCCAAAAGUAGGCAACAACAAUUUAAUUUUAAUUAAAUCAACAACUUCAAGUAAUUCAAUUUUUGAUGAUUUAUUUAAACAAAUGGAUAAUAUUGAACAAAUUAAUUUGGAAGAGGAAGGGGAAAUUGAAGAAGGAAAAGUGGAGGAAGAGGAUGAAGAAGCAAAGGAGGAUGAGGAGAAGAAAUUGAGGAGGCAUUCUUCCAUUGUUUACAGGUCUUUAAACUUUUGGAGCCAAAUUUGUUUUAUUGAAGAAGCUAAAGCACUCAAAUUUAAAUUUGCCGACUCUUUCACUUUUAAAAGAAUGGUUGAAACUUUGAGGUUUAAUAAUAAUUCUUCUUGUGAUGAGGUUUAA